UGUUCGACUCUCUCUCUCGAUGCAGACCUUUCAGUUCUCUUUCAAUCUUCUCUCGAUCAGCCCUUAUGCAGAAGCUACCCAUUCCAAAACAGCACUUGAGAUGGUGGAUGAAAUCGAAACAAACACCCACAUUCCCAUUUGCGUCUUCUCACUCUAACUCUACUCAAAUCUCACACGAUCUCACUCUCUACGAUCGCAUCUUGAAAUUUCUUCAAAACCCAAAUUCAGUUUCUGAUCUUAAACGAAUCCAUACUCUCGUCAUCAGAAAUGGUCUCUUGUCGAAAUCGGUUUUAGCUUCCAUGCUGAUAAGAAGCUAUGCUUUAUUGUCGGGAAUUUCUGAUGCUCGGAGACUGUUUGAUAAUUUGCCGAAACAGACUGUUUAUACCUAUAAUUACAUGAUUAAGGCUUACGUUGAUCUAGAACACUAUGAAUUAGCAUUGGCAGUGUAUUCUCAAAUGCUCUCAGUGGAAGCAGUUCCGCGUAAUUGUAUUACUCUAAGUUUCAUUGCCAAAGCGUGCAUCUGUUUGAGGACCAUACUACUUGGGAAAAUUGUUCAUGGUCAUGUUUUAGUAACUGGGUUCGAAUCGGAUCUCCAUUUGGCAACCGCUUUUAUCGAUUUCUACUGCAAGUGUGAGCAUAUAGAAGAUGCACGGAAGGUGUUCGAUGGAAUUACUAAGAGGGAUGAUUUUGUUUGGACUGCUAUGAUUUGUGGCUAUUUUAGAAUUGGAAAUUAUUUAGAGGCUACGAGCAUGUUUUCUGAGAUGAGAGAGACUGCGUUGAAGGGUAAUAUCGUCACUUGGAAUGCUUUGUUAACUGGCUUUGUUCAUGGUGGGCUUAUAUCCGACGCUUUGGGUGAAUUCAGACGAAUGCAAGUGGAUGGUGUACAGCCUGACAAGGUCAGCUUGGUUACAAUUCUACCUGCGUUCUCACGCUUUGCAAUUUUAAAGUUGGGUUUUGAAGUUCAUGCUUAUGUAAUUAGAAUGGGGUUCGAGUUAGAUCUUUUUGUGGUUAGCUCUCUUGUUGACAUGUAUGCUAAGUGUGGGAAGCUGAUGUUGGCUCGAUGCUUGUUUGAUCGGGUUAAGGUGAAAGAUAUUGGGUUAUGGAAUGCAAUGAUUGUUGGUUAUGGGAUACAUGGACAAAGUAAGGAGGCUUUGCAACUAUUUCAUCAAAUGCAAGUUUUGGACAUGAGGCCUAAUGUUAUUACUUUCACUUCCAUCCUCUCUGCUUGUAGUCAUGCCGGGAUGGUAAAUGAAGGGCGUCAGUGUUUCGAUUCCAUGGUUUGUGAUUAUGGAAUCACACCUUGUCAUGAGCAUUAUGCUUGUAUGGUUGACAUGUUUGGUCGAGCCGGACGGUUAAAAGAAGCCUAUGAGUUUAUUAGGAGCAUGCCAGUAGAGCCUACGAAAGAUGUGUGGGGAGCCUUCUUGGGUGCAUGUAGGAAUCAUCGAGAUUGGAAGCUUGCGGAGAUUGCAGCACAGCAUAUCUUUGGGUGCAAAGAUAUCGGCAUGGAUGCUGGGUAUCAUGUUGUGAUGUCAAAUAUCUAUGCAGAAACUGGCCGAUGGAGUGAUGUGGCGAAAUUGAGGGCUUCAAUUAGGGAUGGAGGAUUGAAGAAAAGAUCAGGAUUUAGUUGGAUCGAAGUUGGGGACAUUGUGCAUACCUUCUAUAUGGCGGAUAUGUCGCACCCACAAUCCUACCAGAUUUAUGAUCUCUUAAAGAGCUUUGAAGAAGUUGAAUAUCGGAUAUAACUUGGUGGACUCAAACUCUUAUUUGGUGGUCCUCAUCCAAAGAAAUCACAAGGACAAUUAUCUGAAAGCUUUUGGAUGCGAGGGUAAUCAGGUGAUUUGGGUGAGCGAAGUUUUUUUUUUUUUUUUUUCUUUUUCUUUUCAUUCACUGUAAUGCGCAUGGUCAGUGUGAAUCUGAACUUUUCCCUUGGCGGAGUGAAAGGUCUUGAAAUAAGACACACAUCUUCAUCAUAACAAUGACACCCACAAUUUGGAUGAUUCAGAUUGAGGAUUCUGUCUGAUUGGUGGCCAUCAAAUGGAUGGUUAAAAUGAAAAAUAGUCAGUAUUCUGUCUGUUUGAUUUUCCAUCUGUUUGAUUUUCCAUGUUACAUGUAAAUCCUUGGUAAAUAAGUAAUUACUACCUUUUCACCUAGAUUGAAAAUGGGUGAGUAAUUCCGCCUCGAAAAUUGGCUAAAA